AAAAUACAAACCGGCGAACGGCGCCGCCCCCGUUGCAUCGCAUCGGUGGGGUCGACGAUGAGUAAUACCGUUUUUCGUGCUGAGUGACGUCGUGCAGCCGAAAGCCGACGCGCGGUUCAGUCCUACAGCGCGAGCUCGUCAAGGCGCCCGCACCACCCUUCGCCCGCACUUCACCGCUACACUGCACCACCACACCCUAUCGAUCCUUACCGAUCUCGUCUUCCGUCGGAGUCAUGGAAGGCGCCGACGCGCUCCUCGGAGGGCUCGCGGGUGGCGACAAGGCUCCCGGCUUGGACGCACCGUUGCCGCCGACUCUGGUGCCUAUGAAGCGCGAGCACGAUUCCACUGACGACUUCGAGCACUUGGAGCGUGGCGGCCAGGACGCGGGCGAGGUCGCCCACGGCGGCCCGCGCGCCGCCUCGCAGAGCUUCCUGGACAUGGAGCGCGACGAAUUCCACGAGCCGCCGCGCGCGCUGUCCGCUGCCGACCGUCUCGUCGACCAGCUCGCUGACAAGUUCACUGAUAGCGAGUCGGACGCCGACACAACCGGCGAGUCGCCGCUGCAUCGAGCACAGCCGCCGCCGGCAGCGGCCGCGCCACCCGUACAGCCGGCGCCGCCCGAGCCCGCGCUCCUCAGUUUCGACUCCGCUCCGGUGCCAGCAUCGGCUCCAACGGUCGCGCCCCGCGAGCCGAGUCCAGAGCCUCUGCUGAAACUGUCCGAACCGGAGCCAGAGAGAGAGCCCAAGCAGCAGCCGAAGAUGGAGCCGCUUCCCCCUAAACCGAGGGACCCCUCGCCGCCUCCGAAGCCGAAGCCCGUGUCAAAGCCUGUCGCGCACGUGAUCGAAGCUGAGGUCAUCUUCUGCCAGAUGGGACUUGAUGCUUGGUUCGACCCAAAGAGGCUGCAUCCUGAAGUUGAGUCUCUGAUCUACUGGCGGUGCGCGGCGCGGUCCGGCGCGGCGCUGGGCGCGGGGCUGGUGGUGCUGGUGGCGCUGGCGUGCUGCAGCGUCGUCUCUGUGCUGGCGUACGUUGCACUGCUCACGCUCUCCGCCGCCGUCGCCUUCCGCGUCUACAAGAACGUGCUGCAGGCAGUACAAAAGACCAAUGAAGGACAUCCAUUUAAAUGGCUGCUGGAGCAGGACAUCAGCGUGCCGGCGGAGCGCGCGCAGUCGCUGGCGGCCGCCGCCACCGCGCACCUCAACGCGGCGCUCACCGAACUGCGCAGAUUAUUUUUGGUGGAGGACUUGGUGGACUCGCUGAAGUUCGGCGUGCUGCUGUGGUGCCUCACGUACGUCGGCGCCUGCUUCAAUGGUAUCACGCUCAUCAUCCUCGGCUGGAUAGCGUUGUUCACUCUACCGAAGGCUUACGAGAUGAACAAGGCGCAGGUGGACGCCAAUCUCGAGUUGGCGCGUGCCAAGAUCAACGAGAUCUCUUCUAAGGUGCGGGCGGCGGUGCCUCUGGGCCGGAAGGCGGAGAGCGAGAAGGACAAGUAGAGCCGAGGGCCCUCGGCGCCGAGUACUUCACUGUUUGUUAUAUUUAUUACAUUAUCUACUAUUACUACCUUACGUGUAAAGCUUUAUGAGACGAGUCAUGCGGAGAUUAUUGUAUUUGCUUUUUGAAAUUUUAAAUUAAAAUAACUGUCGAACCAAA